AUUAUCAUAAUAUGGAAUCAAUCAAAUUACGAAUCCUCUACCUAUCAUUGACCUGCCAUAUGCUGAAUAUUUAAUUUUGUUCCAGGACCACCCCGUCGACAUGCAGUCGACGCGGGCGGGGGCUCUGCCCCUUCUCCAUAGGCUGGUGACCGUUCUGGCGCUGAGCACCGCCCCUUUCGCUGCGGCGGACGUUUCGCACGUCCUCCGAGGCGAGGCGCACCCCCCACCACACUAUGCGGCAGCCAAUGCGCGCGAAGUCAAUUCGCUGACGGCCGACGCGGGCGGUGACUACUGGUGGAUGGCGGAUGACAGUCCGUUCAAGGCCGCUUAUGACGAAUACAAGAAGUGCGGCGAAAAGGGGAACUGCUUGAACGUGGGUGGGAAGGCGGGUGUCAGUGUAGCGGCUAAUGCAAACCUUCCACCGAUAGACAUUAAGAAAAACCCUUUUUUCAAUGGUGCCAUCCAAAGUAACAGCAUAUCCUCCGGUCAAGGAUCUAAGAUUGAAGGAAGUAGUCAUGGUUUCCACUCUGGAGUCAAUAUCGAUAUCAGCAAAAAUCCAUUCCUCAAUGGAGAGUUUGUGACAGGUUAG